AUGGUGGCCAAUACCAGUCACAAUCAUCAUAUAACGAGUCGACCCACGCGGUCAUCACCACGACGAAGAAUCCCAUCAAACCCAAUAGUAUCAGGAUCAGCAGGAGGCUCUAGUCCUCCGACUCUGCACUCCCAUGCUGCCCUACCAUAUGCUAGGAGACAUAGUAGUGCCAGUAGAGCUGGAUCGCCGCCACUGCCAUCAUCAACAUUUGCCUUCGGAUCUACAUCAGCAUCAAACCAAGAUCUCACAGCACGAUCACCAUCUUCAGCACAAGAUAUAGUUUUAGAUAUUAGUGAUCGGGUUAAUGAUGAGGAUAUUGAGGAUGUUGGUACUGUCUAUCCAUAUCGUCGAGGAUCUGCUGCUGCUCUUGUAUCAGGGCUCUUGAACAAGCUCCCAUCCUUGUUGCAAUCGGCUACAGCAUCAAGGAACGCGAUGUGGGAUUAUGAUGGUGAAAAUCCUGCUGCUCCAAAGCCUGGUCCGUCUCAACCAGUGCAUGAAGGACCUCUAAGUCUCUACUUGCGGUCAAGAGAAACUCAAUCACAAACAAUAAAUAGACCAACAGCUUCAUCCGCCAAGAUCAGCUGGCGUGAACCACCAUCUGGACUAAUAGAUCAAGUAGACGCAUAUACAGCUCGUAGAGUGCCACAUCUCCUUUUAGAACGGGAAUUCGAUGUCUCUGGAUUGGAUAAAGUCUUUGCUGCUGCAUGGCUAUCCGACUCUGAAGUUGUCAUGGGCACUAAGUGUGAUAGAAUGUUUGUACUGGAUACAGACCUCAUGAAGAAGAUCGAAAUCCCGACUGUUCAUCAUACUGGUAUGAUGAAUAAUGUCAAAGUCUUGUCGCCUUCAUCAUCGAUAUCAUCGGUAUCAGGGUCGAUGAGCAUGAUCCAACAACAGCUAUCGAAUAGUAAUGAUGAGAACAAUAACAUACUCAAUGGUCAACCGGUAGCAACACCAGCGAUCAACUGCUGCGGAAUUCACGCCAUCGCCAUCAAUCCAUCAAAAACGCUAUUAGCUGUAGGAUCUGGCAAUCCAACUGCCGCUAUAGAUGUCUAUCAACUUCCAUCAUUUACACCACUGGUUACUCUCCUGGGUCAUUCCGACAUGGUCUUCUCUGUAGCAUGGGUAUCCGAUAAUGUACUUAUUAGCGGUUCUAGAGACAUGAGUGUAAAGAGCUGGACGAUACCUCUAGAAUCUAUUUAUGGACCACCACCAACAAUAACAUUUGCUCCCAAUGGCCAAACCAUCCUUCCCUUCUUCCCAGUAAUCCAUCCAACUCUAUCACGCAAGGAACACCGUGGCAAAGUCCGAGAUCUAAAACAUAAUCCUCAACAGAAUCAAGCUGCUACAUUGUCUACAGAUGGCUUCGUCAAGAUUUGGGACGCUAGUGUCUUGACUCCCAUAUCGUCAGUACCCUUAUAUCAUACUCAGGAAACAGUAUGUUUAGCAGCAGAUACGAAACGAAACUUGUAUGCAGUAGGAUCUCAAUCUCAUAUAUCAUUGAUUGAUCCACGAGUAGGAUCUUUAGUACACGUGCUGGACUCGUGUGAUGAGACCUGGGGUGUCCGAUCCAUCUCGAUGGAACGUGAUAUGGUGACUGUGGGAGGAGGUCUUGGCCGUAUCUCCUUUUAUGAUCUACGAGCUCAACGAUAUAUGGAUAUAGGUCCUUCUCCAUCUACUAGAUCAAUCAUAAUGAGACCGCCACGAAGCAGUUUGAGACAACCGUCGUCACUUGCAUCUGCUGGAGGCAUGCCCCAGUCACUCGAAGAUUAUAGUCAGACCGGCAUUUAUCUGAGCAGGUUAGUAUCUCAAGAUGUACCACGUCAUGUCAGUUUCUUGCAGACUGGAACUGGAUACUUGUCUCGUGAUUUGACCUGGCAGAGCCACUUCCAAGGAGUAGAAGUUAGGAAUGCAGUUUAUGCCUUGUGUUAUGAUCCAUCAGGAGCGAGAUUGUUUGCAUCUGGAGGUCCAUUGCAACUCAACCUCGCUGGCUGUUACGCCGCCAUUUGGUAG